AUGGAGACGCAGGUAGCGCAUCGCCCUGCCAAGAGAAGGAAGCCGGAGGCACCCGAGAGCCCGGAACAGGAGGGUGGCGUGAACAUCUCGCCGCUACCAGCGACGAGUGAGUCUGAUUCCAAUCAUCCUGGAGCAGAAGGAGACGAACCCUACGUCCAAGAUCUGCCGCCUGGAGCCGACGGAGAGGAAGAAGACGGGGUCGACCGAAUCAGCAGCCUCCGCGACGCCAUUCUGGGUGAGGUUAUCUCUCGCCUCCCCACCAAGGAUGCCGCCCGCACCCAAAUCCUCGCCACCCGGUGGCGCCAUCUCUGGCGCUCCGCCCCUCUCAACCUCGACGGCGGUGACCUUCGCACCAUCGAUGUCGUCUCCCGCAUCCUCUCCGCCCACCGGGGCCCCGGCCGCCGCUUUCGCUUCCCCGCACAGCGACUACAGGACCACCCCGCCACUGUGGAUGCAUGGCUCCGAUCCCCCGCCCUCGACGACCUCCAAGAGAUUGACUGCUGGAUCCCCUUCAUUUGGGGGCCGCAGGAGUUGCAACCGCCACCUCUGCCGGCAUCUGCCUUCCGGUUCUCGUCGUGCCUUUGCGUCGCCACUCUCAGCCAAUGCCACCUCUCAGACGACGUGGCCCAGGCGCUUCAGUUCCCAAGCUCAAGAAGCUCGCACUUCAAUCGGAUCAACUCAGCUAGUCUUACAAGCAUUGGGGUCGGUCAUGCUGAUGAUGGGUAUCAAACAUCAGUGACAUUCCUAGAAGAAUUCAUCAUCGAGGAUGCCCCUUGCCUUAAAAGGAUUCUGUAUCAUCGACCACCACAAACGGGCAUGCCACUGCAAGUAUCAAUUAUUUCAGCACCCAAUCUGGAGACCUUGGGUUGCCUAAAUUAUACUGAUUACUGUUCCUGGUUUGCAAUGGGCUCUAUGAUUAUUGAGCCAUACGACAUGAUGGAAUUCCGGAUCAUUAACUCGACAACACCCGCAUGUACUGUCAAGAUUUUAGCAGUCAAUAUUUUUAUUCUUAGCCUGGAUGAGAUUAUUGACUUCAUGAGAUGCUUCCCAUGCUUGGAGAAGUUGUAUAUCCAGGUAAACAUACUAAACUAG